AGACGCUGCACUGUCAGCUGAUCUGCUGCUUCUGAAGGUACCAACAACAAAGUGCAGCUCAGAGGUGACCGAGCUUUUCCUGUGGCAGCUCCCAGGCUAUGGACUGAUCUUCCUUUGGCCUCUUCACUUGUUGUUUGUUUAACAUAUGUAACGUCCUUCCACCAAGAGGUGUAACAACUAUCAGCUUGUUGGCUAAAGACACAACAAGAGAGUUUAUGAGAAGAUGUCUCACAAAAGAUGGAAACUGCAGAAGACUUUGUGUCAAUAUGUCUCAGAUACUCUCACUUACAUUGUAGCUGUGAGAGAUUUCUGUAAGACGUUCUCUGACUGGAAGAACUGCAGAGAGAAAGAAGUGGAGAAAAUCAGAGACAUCAAAAAAAGGGCUGAUGAGAUUGAUCCGCCUUUCACCAAGUCAGAGGGCAAAGAGACGAGCUCUCAGAAACCUGUGACAACAUUAAAAAUAAAAAGUGUUGCAGAGCUUGAAAAGUUACUUGGUGAAGUGUUGAAAGAAACACUGGAGGGUUUGGAGAAAUUCAACACCUUCUCUAACGCGGUGGAGAAGCUGGCGGUCACAUCUCUGCAGGUUUUCACUGAGAACCAGAUAUUGUUCCUGCCUGAUGGGAUCAGCUUUGCUAAAGUUCAGGAUCUGAUCAAAUCUGCACGACUGACCUGCCCUCUGCUACUGGAGUUCAAACGAGAUCCAACUGCUUUCUUUGUUCCCACAAGACACAAUGUGGAGGUUCUGCUGUACCAGCUGGAAAAACAUGUAAACACCAGCGAGAGAGUAUUUGAAAACCUUUCUGACAGCCUCAGAAUUGACAUUUGGCAGGAAAUGACAGAAGACAUUGCUGUUGAAUGUGAUUUAUCUGAUGAUGACAUGCAAAAAAUGACUGAUCAGGUCAAACAACUUGAUAAAAUCAGGAUGGACGACGACUUUCGGAUGAUGUUUCUGUUCCAGAGGAUCAGCUACUCAGAAUUUAUCAAGAAGUACAAUGAUGAGCUUCCUGAGAUGCUGCAGUUUCUUGAUCAGAUUGAGCAAUGUGCUGUUCAGUUAGACAGAAUGAAUAAGGGAGCAAAGAUCUCCAGUGUGACUGGGAGCUCACUGGGAGCAGUGGGAGGUAUCCUGUCCAUUGUUGGCCUGGCUUUAAUUCCAGUUACAUUUGGUGUGUCUUUGGGGUUGACCAUUACUGGUGCAGCUGUGGGAGGAACCAGUGCAGUGAACAGCUUGGUAACCACUGUAGUACAGGCUGGAGUUAAUCGUAUACAAACACAACAAGCAAAUACAGCCUUUCAAAGAUUCAUGAUUGGUGUUCAGAGAAUCCAGGACUGUCUGGAAGAGGCGGCCAAACCACCAUAUGCUGAAGUUACACAAAGCAGUGAAAAUAUGUUUUACAUGGCAGGAAAGAUUACUGCAAAUGUACGUGGUAUUGAAAAGGCUGCUGACUUCAUUGUUGAUGCAGCUACUGCUGCAAACACAAGUAAAGUUGUAAUACAGGAAGGGAAAGCAUUGUGUAAUGUAUCCAGAAUGGCCUCAGAUGUUCCUGAUAUCGGUCAGGCAGCAGUUAGAGGCUCUCUUGCUCUCACCAAGGGAGCCAGAGUUGGCUUUAUUGCACUCAAUGCCCUCUUCCUUGGCAUGGAUAUCUUGUUCAUCACUAAAGACAGCAUAGCCCUGGCUAAAGGGACAAAGACUAAGGUCUCUAAGUUCCUCAGAGCCAGAUCUGCUCUGUGGCUCUCAGAGAUUGUGGCCUGGAAGAAAAUCUGCAACUCACUGUGUCACAGCAAACUGACCACAGAGGAAAUCAGAGAAAUGCUUGAGAAGCCAUUUUAUCCUGCCUAAGAGCAAUCUGUCUAUUAAUGGGUGCAUGAAUAUUUGCUUUGGGAACUCCCUAAGAGAAAAACUAAAAAACAAAAAUAGUUUCAAUUUGUAACCCAGUUUUUCUACAAGAACGUUAGUUAGACUGUGUUGUGUGAUUAUGUUAGCUUAGAUACAGGUGACUGUUAGUCUCCAUUUCAUAGCAUCUUAUCAAGAUAUUCAUAUUUAACUUGUUUCUGCACCUUUUACCAGACUAAACAGAUGAGUCAGUCAGUAGCAGCCAUAACCUCCACACCAGUAUAGCACCUCCCUG